GCCCGGCCCGGCCCCGCCCCGCCGCUCAGCCGAUGCCCGAUGCGGGCCGGGGCUGAGGCGAGGGAUGGCUCUGUCGCGGGGGCUCCGGUGCUGUCAGCGGGCCUUCGCCUGGCUGCCCGUCCUCAUCAUCGCCCUCGUCGUCCUCUGGUCCUACUACGCCUACGUCUGUGAGCUGUGCUUGGUGACACUGAGCAACCCUGUGGAAAAAGUGGCCUAUCUUAUAAUAUUCCAUAUUCUCUUUGUACUCUUUGUGUGGACAUACUGGAAGUCUAUUUUUACACUCCCGGUGCAGCCAGGCAAAAAGUAUCAUAUGUCCUAUGCUGACAAAGAACGCUACGAAAAUGAAGAAAGGCCGGAGGUGCAGAGGCAAAUUCUCGCUGAAAUGGCAAGGAAGUUGCCAGUGUACACGCGAACGGGGAAUGGAGGUAUUCGAUUCUGUGAUAGAUGCCAGCUAAUAAAACCUGAUCGUUGUCACCAUUGUUCCGUUUGUGCUAUAUGUGUGCUAAAAAUGGAUCAUCACUGUCCGUGGGUGAAUAACUGCAUUGGAUUUUCUAACUACAAAUUCUUUCUACUGUUCUUAGCCUAUUCUUUGUUGUAUUGCUUGUAUAUUGCUGCAACAGUCUUCAAGUAUUUCAUUAAGUAUUGGACAGGUGAACUGACAAAUGGGCGUUCCAAAUUUCAUGUCCUUUUCCUUCUCUUUGUGGCAAUCAUGUUCUUCGUAAGCCUUAUGUUUCUGUUUGGCUACCAUUGUUGGCUCGUUAGUAGAAACAGAUCUACUUUAGAGGCUUUCUCAGCUCCAGUGUUUCAAAAUGGCCCAGAUAAAAAUGGAUUCAAUCUUGGCUUUGUAAAGAAUCUUCAGCAAGUGUUUGGAGAGGAAAAAAAGCUCUGGUUACUACCUGUUGCCUCUAGCCAAGGCGAUGGACACUUUUUCCCGAUGAGAGCUUUGUGUGAAGCUCAGAAUCCUCUCCUAGCAAACGAAGAGCAGUGGGAAGAUGAUGGAAUAGACGAAGAGCCUCAUGAUUCCGGUGAAGCUUCAUCCCUUGCCAUAGAAAGGGAGACAUAGCAGUUUGAAAAUGCAGCAGUAUAAAGCUUGUUCAGAAAGCUUUCCUCUCAGGCGUCAACAUCCCUUCUCUUGGCAUGGACUUCAGUUUUGAGGGGCAGAAAACAAGUGGAUCUUCAAGAUGAGAAAACAUGAAGUAUCGUCUGAUUGGAAUCUGCAUUCUAGAGUGCUUCUCCAGAAAUCACGCUAUCCAGAUGUUUCAGGGCUUUAUAAGUUUAAGUUACAGAGUGAACAGAACAGUUCUAUAGAGUGAUUCUGGCCAAUCUUCUUUGGCCUGCUCUCUUUAUUUUAUAAAUAAUAUAUAUUUUUUAUUCAAAAUAGGUAAAAAGUAUUGAUGCAAGGUGUUGUGGUUUAGCCCCAGCUGGCAACAAAGAACCAGGGGGUCUUUUGCUCACUCUCCCUGCCCGCCCCCCCCACCCCUCCCACCUCCUGCCCAGUGGCGGGGUGGGGGGAGAAUGGGAGGAAGCUAUGUACUGGGCAUGGUGACCACUUGACUGGUUAGGGUCAGUUGCUGGGCUCUGUCCUGUCCCAGUUCCUUGUGAAUAUUAACCCUGUCCCCGCCAGAACCAGGACACGAGGGCAUUUCCAAAGGCCUUUUCAUUUUGUAAGCAUCAGGGACUCAAGCUGUUGAAAUUCUUCCAAGCCAUAAUAUUCUUGGGGAUGGUAUUUAUUUUGAGACUGAUUCUCCACCUACUCUGACAAGUAACAUUUUCUAAUGUGUUUAAAGUUCUGUCUGAGUCAGUUCAACUCAAUGAGAGACAGACCCUCUUAAAUUUGGCACUAAAUUGAUAUUUGGAUAUAAGUGUGUUGAAAGAAAAAGUGCUGAAGAUGCAUAUAUACACGUGCAGCUGUGUGCAAAAAUAAUAUACUCACAUUGGCACUGUCAAGAUUCAAGAAUAUUGUGGCCAUAGAUUUUUUUUUUUUUUUUUUUUUUUACAUUUUUUUAGGAGGGUGUAACUGUCUUAGAGUUUGAGUUAUAGGUCCCUUUAAGCCCAAUCCUACUUGCAGGCACCUAAAAUGCAAAAGGGAACUUUAGACACUUUGCAUUAAUUCCUAAGGCUACAACUCAUUCCUGGAUCAGGUUUGAUGGAAAUUUAUGUGUUUAUGGAGUCAGAAAGGAAGAUGUAAAUUCAAAACACGUGAGUUGGAAAUGUGCACUGAAAGUUUAGCUCCAACAGUAGUGUUUGGAGUUUAUGCUCCACAAAGGUGGUUUUAGUCCCAUAAUGCUGAGAAGAUGAUUCACGUAUUGAAUUUUUUCAAACUUGUUCCUAAGUAAAUGUAAUGACUGGUGGUUUAAAGGUUUUUCAGCACUAAGAGGUGAUCAGAAUUUUUCUUCAUUUUGCUCCAUUUGCAGUCAAAGGAACGUAUCACUGUUUUUAUUCUGUGGAAUGGAACUGAGAGUUUGCUGGCAGGAUUAUACGCAUUUUUCUAGACCUGAGUCUUUUUUAAUCUGCAUGGUUCAGACCUGUCGACUCCAUCACUCAUGUUUGGAUUAGGUGUGUGCUUAAAGCAUUAGUAUACUGCCUUUAAGAUCGUUUCUUACCAUUUUCUAUCGCAUUUUUUUGUUUUUUCAGCCCAUUUGUGUUGACAGUGACUACAGAAGCAGUUGUGCAUGUCAUGAGAAAUUACCUGGGAAGUAUCUGUUUGGUGACAAAGGCCUUGCCUACGUACUAAACUCUUUUUUCCUCUGUUUGCUCUGCUGUUGCUACCAGUGGAAAUGUGUUUGUGAGACGGAAGAGAGUCUUGCAGUGAUUUUCUGUCUGUAAGAGUAGAUGUUUAUCUGCCCGGUAUAAGCAGUGCCCUGCAGACAGGUAUUUUAUACGUCAGCCUCCGUAGCUCGGUGUGGAGCAGGCAGCAACCUCUGUAAAAUGUCUUAUUGCUGAAGUUCAGUAGUUAGGAGUCAGGGUGGGCUCUCCCAGGCUCAGUGUGUGUCACUCGCUCUUCUCCUCAGAGCGGAACUGAACACCCUGAAUCUUACUGCUUCAGCCACCCUCACCACGUCCAUCGGGGGGUUCUGUCACCUAACGGCUGGUGAGUGCUGAAACUUAUUUUUCCUGUCAAUCGAAACCUGCAUUUCUAGUGUCAGUCUCGUGGGGGACCUUAAGCUGUGUUUGGUGAAAGAUGGCAGUAGAAUUAAUCACCUUGUUUCUAGCAAAAUGUGUUCUGGAGGGGGCUCUUGGGAGGAAUAUGGCAGCUAAACACGAUAGGAAACCUGUGGGAAUUUAGCACCAACAGAGGUGCUGUUUGUGCCUUUUAAAACUCUAAAUUCCUUGUAUAGAAACCCAGGAAGAUGAGUCGGUGACUUUCUGUUCCAUUCUGUCAACUGAAGUGUAUUUAAGAUGGGAGUAUCAGAGCUGUGUCUGAAGCCGUAUGGAUUUUCAGGAGUUUUCGGAGCAGGUUCUUGUAUCCUGUCUGGAUUUGGUUCUGUUUAUAGCCGUGUCGUUAUUUCAGUGUCGCUUCUCUGCCCAGCAGCAGCCGAGUGACCAACAGGAUCCGCAGUCUGUAUCCCCGCCGGCUGUCUAGCUGUACACUCUUCAUUAGGUACUGUAUGAAAGCAAGUUUUGUCUUCUAAUUAUUAUUAAAACAGCUGUCUGUGAUAACGCAGCUAUCCAGCUCAGGUUUAGAAACAGUUUUAAGGGUUUCCAAGUAACUGACUCUUAUUCAGUAACUUUUCUUGUAAUUCGUUUUGGCUGAUUUUUCCCAUUCCUUCCAAGCAGCUCGGCCUCCCUUGGUUAUAACAAACUCUUGUCCAGGUAGAAACCAGAAAUAGUUUGGUAGCUUCGGAACCACUUCAAAUCAAUGUAGUCGCGUCCAAUUUUUUGAAAGGUUCAGAAUGAAACAUGAAACAAAUAGAAAAGUUGUGUAAAAAUGAGGCAGAACAAAAUAUGGAAAAAACAUGUGCCUGAGUGACUGAACAAGAGUCCAUUUUGUUCUCUUCUGCUUCCUUAAAGGCGAUAUCCUUAGGCUGCGCCUGGCACUGGUUGUGUUUCUGCUGCGUCCCAGUGCCACAGCACAGUCGGGCAGUUCCUUGGCAUCCCGUGGUUCAAGCUGGGCGCAGAAGCUGCCCCGGGAGGUGGGUGUCCGGGGACACGGCACCAGCCUGGCGUUUGCUGAAGACAUCAUGUGUCUGGGCUCUUCAAGGCAGCACGUAAAUGAACAGUCGGGUCCCUGUGGGGCAACUUAGUGUUUCGCAAAACACUGAUGCUGAGAUGUUUUUGCUCAGUGCAUUAUUGCAGCUGAUGCUGCAGACAUGAUCGCAGGUGGCCUACUAAGGAGAAUACGGUUUUUCCAAUUAGUAUUUUUCUCCUUUAAAAAGGCUGUUAACUGGAGAUCUGGGCAGCGUAAAGGCAGUAAUUUUGAGUGCACCCCCUGCUACCUUUGGUUUUAAAGCUGGGCUGCUCUUUUUAAAUUGACUUUAUUUUUUCCCUAGCUUCUGAAAGAAAGUUGCAUAUAAAGUAUGUGAUAAAUGCAGGAUGCGUAAAGUCUGUUGAAUAUGCUAGGUAAAUACACUGGAAAAUAGAAAAAUAGAAAUUCCUCAGGCUGCCUGUAGUCACUGCCACAAGGUAGCAAAAGAGAGAAAGUAUUCGGCCAAGUGCAUGAUAGAUUUUUUUUUUUUUUUUUAAACACACAAAUAGUUCUUUAAGGGGUACACCCACUACAUCUCCCGUGUUUUACAUCCCUCUAAUCCUCACCCAGAGGCUCUCCCCAUCAUCACUAGCUGUAAGGGCUGUGCAGUCAAACCUCUCCCUUACCUGUAGCACGACACCACCUCUCCUGCCCUGCCUGUCCCUCCGGAGCCAACUGUAGCCCUCCAUCCCAGCGCUCCAGCUAUGGGACUCGUUCCACCAGCUCUCACUAAUACCAGUGGUGUCGUAGCUCUUGGAGCUGACCAAUGCAUCCAGUGCAUCCCAUUUGUUUCUCGUACUGCCUGCCUUGUGGUACAGGUGUUUCAGAUGCGCUCCUGAGCCCUCCGUGCGCCCAGGAGAGUGUCAGUGGUCCCACUAGGAUUGCCACCUUGUGAGGUUUACUGUUUCUACCUAGUUAGGUGCUGUAAAUCCAGCUGCACCCAAAAAAUUUGGUAAACUAAGGUUUGACUCUCAGUUCUGAUGCCGAUUUAAGUUGUGUGACUGUAGUGCUCGUUAAGCUGUGUAACUGCAGGCUGGGGCAAUGUGGAAGCAGCAGGGCAACUGUCUCAACCCCAUCCUGGGGGCUGUGUUCUCUGGGUUAGCAUCAGAUCUACGCUACAGAAUAAAGCAGAAAAGUGCUUUUCAGCUCAGGGUCAGAAACAGCUUUUGUCCUUAGUGGAUCUCGUACUGCCAGCAGAGCUGCAGAUGUAGGGGCACCUGUAUUUAGAGAAGAAUAACUUUGUUGGCUUAGCUUAAAGUAGCCAGGGGAGGUGCGUCUGGCUGCUGGCGGGACAGCGCUCUUCACACGGCCACAAGGCUGCUCGGUAGUGCAGACUAGGUUAUUCUGAUGAGACCGUGGAAGCUGGAAUAGGGACCACCAGAUGCUGUCUGUAAUUUUAGCAACAGUCAUCAGGUAUUAAUGCACGUAGCUUAAGUUGACAGCCAGCGUUGCAGGUGUCAGAGACUCACCAGGAGCACCUCUGGAAGUGUUGAACACAGACACCAUUUUGUUAGCUUGAAUCAGGGCACGGAAGUGUGAGUUCCACCCAGGUACAGCGUGUCCUACCAUGCCUUUGGCCUGUUUGUUGUUUGUAUUUCAGCAUUUUAGAAAUGUAUUUCACAUCCUUCACGUGCGUGGGGACUUUCUUUGCUGUAAACAACUUUUCCAAGUGGAUGUCGUUGUGUGAAAGAGGAACGCUCUUGCUGGAUUUUGCCAUGAUACCUGCCCCGACUCUGUCUCAUCCCUGUACUCCUGGGUUAAUGCUCCACAGCAACCGACACCCACCGCCGCACGUGCUCCCCCUUCUCUCCCUUUUACAUUCAGGUACACUGUACUCUUAAAAAAAAUAUAUAUAAAUGAAUAGAAAAAACAUCAUAUUGAUGUUUCCAUGGAUAGUGUUGUGGCAAGUCCUCUCCUUGGCCAGCAAGUCCUGUCUGAGGAAUUAGGGCUUCUGGUAAGCCUCACUGCACUGAAAUUUUGUGUUGUCUCUUGCUGAAUUGGUACAGUAUCUUUUGGGCUAGAAUAAGAUUGUAUUCCUUUAAACAGGAAGCAGUACUGUAUGUUUUUAGUAGGCUGUACCUCAUGCGUGUGGUGUACUGUCAUUGAUGGGAACCGGGAAGCUUCCUCAGAGCCCUAGAGCCACGAAUGUUUGCUUCCUGGAACAAACCAGAAAUGUGAUUCAGCAAAAUCUAUACUAGCUGUAGGUUUUUUAGUUUUGUAUGCUGGUGUGGACUCAAAGCACAACUUAGUAUUAGUUACCAAACCUGACGCAUAAAGUCUGUAACAUAAUAUGAAUGUAAAGUGUCAGGGGAAAAAAAAGAAUUUGCCUUUUCUUUCCCGAAGGCGGAUCUAAGGAGUGAUGUGCGAAGACGGACCCGCUGCGUCCCGCACAGCCAUCAUGCCAGCAGAACGGAUCUGCUGUUUGCGUAGCUGGCUCAUUCACGAAAGCGUUGAAUUAGCAGGCUAAGGAGGUACUGUUGACCUUGUUUAUUAAGCCAGAAUUAAUUAACUCAAAGGGUCACAUUUUCAUUUCAGUGACUCCUGUGGUACAAAUUUUUAAAAUUGAUCCAUAGUACUUGAAAAUAGCUUUUACUUAUAUUUUUCCAAUUCUAUCAGCUUCUGUUUUGCUACGGAACACUUGCAAAAAUAAACUCAUUCUGAAACCAUCAGCUGAAGCAUUUGCAUGGUUGAGUGGCUUUUUUUGUGAAAAGUAAUGGUCUGUCCCACAGCUCGGCAGCCACCAGCAUUGCAAGGCUCUGGCAUCGCCACGUACUGCUCCUGCUCAAUGCUUUCUUUCCUUUCCUGCCAAUUAGCAUUGAGAUCAGAGCUGCUGUUACGCAGGUUCAUUCUUGUCCUUUUUCUGUCUCCCUUCGAGAGUUGUUCUUCCUCCUCCUGAAUAUAUAAUUGAAAUAUGAUCAGCUUUCAGCUGUCCGUACUGGAGUUUUUGGAUACUGUUGAGGUGAGUAGGUGUCUUUUUAAGCAGUUGUGCCAGGUUUUAUUUGUAACUAAUCUUAGUGUUUGUCAGGUAUCGGUUUGUGAUUCUCAUCACUCAGGCUCAGCUUGCUUUGCUUGCAGCAGUGGGAUGCAACUUACUACAUUUCUCUCUUUCCUAAAAAUCUUAUUUCUUCAUUUCCUGGCUUCAGUUUGGAAUGUAAACCUUGUGAAAUAAAAUGUUUACAUUUCAGAUAAGCCUAUAAGUUGGUAAUGCUUUCAUGCUGCUUAAAAUAUUUUUUUGUGUAUGAGGUUUUAAGAUUUACGGUAGCUUUUGUAAAACUUCAGCGGGUAACAGCCACUGUUUUAAGGGAAAAAAAAAAAAAAAAAAGGCAGACGAGUGAUGUUAAGGAGGGGAAAAGAAAAAACCCAAGCAAAAAAAACCAAGAAAAAGGAGAAAAAGGACAAAGGGGAUUGUCUUUGCUUCUUACUCCGAUCGUGCUUAAGAAGAAAUGCCUGCUUGCAUCAAAGGCUGGUGCCGAACAGCUCAUAAAACAUGCGGGUACUUUACCUGAAGGCAUUCCUGCUGUUCCCAUACUUACUAGACUUGAACUUUUCUUGAGCUAAAUCUGGGGCUAAAUCCCACGGGAAGCCUGGAAACGAACCAGCCAGCCUGGCUCCCCGUUUCCUUGCUGAACUGGGGAAGGGGUGUGCUGCACCAUCGCAGAUCAGCACUUCCCUUUGUGAGAGAAACAAAAACCUUGGGGAUUCUUGAAAGUGUUGGUGUAAUAUAUUUUUUUCCUGCCUUUUUCCGGGGGCUCCAAGAUGUGUAGGAGAGAGAAAUUCCUCCUAGCAGCACCUGGUAUCCUGCUGUCAUGAACGGCCUGGGCUGGUGCAGAGGUGGCUUCCCCUGAGGAGGAGGCAGGGGGUUUCAUGAUGAAGAGCUUGUGCGAGGAGGUAGGUGGAACCUGUUGUGCUGUUCGGAAUCAACUCCGUGUGCAGGCAUUCUUCUUCUGCAGCCAUUACAUGAGCGCGUAGCUUCCUGCUGUACUCCCCAACAGGCUAAGCUAUUCCAGAGUCGUUCCCAACUGCACUGUUGGAGCAGGGAACUUCUAACAGCUUCCCUUUCGCUAGUAAUAUACAAAAUAGAAAAAUCACGUUAUUUUAUAAAUUACUCCAUCUGUCCGGCUGUUUUUCAUCUGAAAGUGACUUCUUUAUGUUUGUUGUGAAAACGGGUUCCUUUAAAUCUCAGGAUCAGGUAAUGGCAGUAUGUUAGAAUUCAGCAUUAGGAGGUUUUUACCUUGUUUCGAAGCAGGUUUCACUCCCUGAUGUUUUGAGUAGGCAGGGAAACUCGUGCCGAGUAGAACAUUAACUGCCAGAGCCGUUCUGGAAUCGGACGGCUCUGUUUGGGAACCAACGUACUACCUCUUCCACUGGGUCAGAACUCCCCGCCGCAGUGGAAUGCCCUUUUCCUCUCAAGGAAGGCUGGCUUUGUGAGCUGUGCCAAUAAUUGCUAAAUCAUCCGAAACAGUAAUGCAAAUUUCAUUGUAGUGAUUUGUUAUUACAUUCAGCUGCUUUUUAGAUAGAUUGGUAUUUGUAAGUAUCUUGCGUACAAUCAACGCUGUCCGGUUCAGUUAAGGACGUGCCACUCAGAGCUGUGUUGUUUAAUACUGAUUCGUCACCCCUUAAUUUAAUAGGAAGCAUUUUCCAGUGAAUGUCACGAAGGGUCUGCUGACAACAUCUGGGAUGUUUAGUCGGGUUCAGUUUAAUGCUGCUGCCAGCAUUGAGACCUUUGAUAUCAAAUGGGUUUUUACAAAAGCUUUGGAUACUCGUUUUUACUGUCGGACAAACAUUCUGUCUUUAUUAUGAAUGCUUUGUGUAUGUUUCACUAACAUUUUCCAAGUGUUUGUAUAGUUUCUACAGCUGAAUAUCCUGUACCUUCUGCUUUGUCAUUUUCUAUUAUGGUUUAUACUAGAGAGCCUGCACGGGUUAUACUGUGCUGCAGGCAAGGUUCGCAUUAAAACCAUUUUUGGCUAAUUUAC